AUGGCAGUGGUUACAUCCAACUACGGCCCGCCCAAGGCCAGCUACGGCCCGCCCAAGGCCAGCUAUGGCCCGCCUAAGCCCAGCUACGGUCCGCCCAGGCCCAGCUACGGCCCACCUAAGCCCAGCUAUGGUCCGCCCCGCCCCAGCUACGGCCCGCCCAAGCCCAGCUAUGGCCCGCCUAAGCCCAGCUACGGUCCGCCCAGACCCAGCUACGGCCCACCAGCGCCCAGCUACGGCCCGCCGGCGGUGGACAUGACGGUGGACACACCGGGGGCGGAUACAGCGGAGGUGGACACAGUGGAGGAGGACACGUUGAAAGUGGACACACCGGGGGGCGGAUACAGCGGAGGGGUCGGCGUCGCGGGCACCCCGGGCUCCGGCUACUCGGCUCCGGCUCCCGGGCCUUCGUACGAGGCUCCGGUGCCUGUCUCGAUUCACGAGAUCCAGGCUCCCGACCUCAGCCAAAGCUACGCCCCUAGCGGCCGAGUGACCGUGGACCAGUCCUACAGUGGUCCGGUCCAAACCAUCGAUCAGUCCUACAGCGGCCCCGACCAAGUCGUCGGCACGGGAGGCUCCAUCGACGGCGGAUCGACGGUGAUCGGCGUGUCGACUAACGUCAUCGACGGCGGAUCGUCGAUCAUCGACGGCGGAACGUCGAUCAUCGACGGCGGAACGUCGAUCAUCGACGGCGGAUCGUCGGUUGUUGAUGGAGGAUCGUCGAUUGUCGACCAGGGCUCGAUUUCCGGUGGCCAGAUCUACUCGGCUCCCCAGCAGCAGCAGCUGGUGACGCCUAGCGUUUCGCUUGGCCUGCCAUCUGGUGGCAGCGGUGCGAACCUCAACAGCGAGUACGGUCCCCCGUCCGACUCGUCGAUCAUUCAGCUGCCGGUGAAUGAUGCCAUCGACCCCGUGUUCGUGCGGAGUAACCUGCCCCAGGCGGGACCGGAUGGGGCGCCUCUCAUCGGUGACAUCGGCGUGGCGGGUAACUUCCAGUAG